AUGGAGACGACAGGGCUUCCUGACGGCUUGAUAAGAAACCCUUCCCCUCCGGCGGUCGAACAGAGGAAGAUUGCAUACAAGGAGCUGUUCUUGCUAGUUACCCAGAUACUGUGUAUCUUACCCUCCAUUAUCCAUGACAUCAUCAUGACAAUAAUAAGCAAGAUCAUUCCACCACCCAGAAAAUCUUUGACUGGACAAGUGGCUCUGGUUACAGGUGGAGGCCGAGGUCUAGGUCGAGGUUUGGCUUUGGGGUUGGCCAAGGAGGGUUGUAAAAUCGCCGUAGUAGACAUCAACAUCAGCAACGCCCGAGGAACUGCUAAUGACAUCAUAGAUGACGGAGGAGUGGCUAAGGCCUACGAAUGUAACGUGGCCGACCCAGCGGCCAGUAGAGUGCUGAGGGAGGCAGUGAUGUCAGACCUAGGUCCUGUAGACAUCCUGGUCAACAACGCAGGUAUCUUGUACGGCGGGGAUCUGCUGGAGAAGUGUGACGAGGCUGACAUCAAAGCUGUCAUUGACGUCAACCUGUUGAGCCACUUUUGGAUGCUUAAAGAGUUUCUCCCCUCAAUGAAAGAGCGUAACAGUGGGCAUAUAGUAGCCAUAGCAUCUAUGGCAUCAUUUGUUGGAGAUUCGGCAGGUUCCGCCUACAUAGCCAGCAAGUUUGGAGUUAGAGGUUUAAUGAAAGUUGUUCAUUCAGAAGUAAAGUUUAAGCACAACAUCAACACAACUACAGUGUACCCGUACUUCAUCAACACAAGCGCCGACUAUGUGAAUGAGUGGAAACUUAGAGUUCCUGCUAUUCCUAUAGAAGACGUUGUUGAUGCCACUAUUGCAGGGGUACAACGAAACCAAGUUUCGGUUUUUGUUCCUUCAUCAUUCGAAUACUCUGUUAAACUUUUGGACUUACUUCCUGUGCGGUCUCUUGAAAGAAUGAAGACAGUAAUGGACGUACAGAUAAAGCCUCACAAGAAAGAAAAAAAAUCACGAUGAGUUUUAUAGGAA